GGGGGGGUGGUCCUCUGGGACCGGUUCCGGCGGUUUGAAGCACUUGUCCUAGGAGCUGUGUGUCACCAGAAUGAGACUUGUAAUUCUUGAUAAUUAUGCCUUGGCCAGUGAAUGGGCAGCCAAAUACAUCUGUAAUCGAAUUAUCCAAUUCAAACCAAGAAAGGACAGAUAUUUUACCCUGGGUUUGCCAACAGGAAGCACACCUUUGGGAUGCUACAAAAAACUAAUAGAAUAUCACAAGAAUGGAGACCUUUCCUUUAAAUAUGUAAAGACCUUUAACAUGGAUGAAUAUGUAGGACUUCCCAGAAAUCAUCCUGAGAGCUAUCAUUCUUAUAUGUGGAAUAACUUCUUUAAGCAUAUUGACAUAGAUCCCGAUAAUGUUCACAUCCUUGAUGGAAAUGCUUCAGAUCUACAGGCAGAAUGUGAUUCAUUUGAAAGAAAAAUACAAGAAGCUGGAGGAAUUGAUCUUUUUGUUGGAGGCAUUGGUCCAGAUGGUCACAUCGCUUUCAAUGAACCAGGAUCCAGUCUUGUAUCAAGGACAAGAUUAAAGACUCUAGCAAUGGAUACCAUUUUGGCAAAUGCUAAAUAUUUUGAUGGAGAUUUAUCAAAAGUGCCAACUAUGGCUCUAACAGUUGGUGUGGGAACGGUGAUGGAUGCUAGAGAAGUAAUGAUUCUCAUAACAGGUGCACAUAAAGCAUUUGCACUGUACAAGGCCAUAGAAGAAGGAGUCAAUCAUAUGUGGACUGUUUCAGCUUUCCAGCAGCAUCCUCGAACUAUUUUUGUAUGUGAUGAAGAUGCUACCUUAGAAUUAAGAGUUAAAACUGUGAAAUACUUUAAAGGUUUAAUGCAUGUACACAAUAAACUUGUGGAUCCACUGUACAGUAUGAAAGAAGAAAACUGAAGGACUGAGGUGAAAUUCUCCUUGAUUGAACAGAACAUUUUUAUAGGUAGUGAAUUAAAUUUCCUGCUAUGCAAUUUGCUAAAUAAAACAAAUUCAGAGGAUUGUAAUUGAAAACUCCAGUAUCUACACGUUGUUAAACAUUCCAUAAGAUGAGAACUUAAGUCCAUUUUCCCAGCAUUUAAAGCUUUGGAGAGCUUUCACAGCUAUGCAUUAAAGAUACUACAAAUCAGAAAUUAAAAAGUACAUAAUUCAGAAUAUAAUUUGAGAAAGCAAAGAUUUUGUAAGUCAUUUAUUUAUAAUUUCUUCUCAAUACUUUCCUAACCUGUCAAUAGUCAAACAUAUGAACUAUAAUAGUUGUACAAUCCUUACUUUUGGAAAAGCUGUGUUUACAUUUUUUAUGUAUUUCACACAAGCUUUUGCACGUGGUUGCCUUAAAAAGCAUCUUACUACAGUAACAGUUGGGCAUUUCAAGUCCUGUUAUAUUAUGCUGGUUAAAGAAACUUAAUUUGAUAUGAGAAGACAGUGCCUAUAUAGUUUUACUUCCUUUAGAAAAAAAUCUUUUCUUUAUCUUUUUAUGUGCAUGUUUUUAUGCAGCUUUUGCCACAACACUUUUAAAAGUGUGUUUUUCGUUUACUCAGGUUCAGGCUUUUAGUUAAAUAUGUACUUUGGUAAUUAUGAUCUUUAUAUCCAAGCAACAUAAUUUUUUAAGCUUGUUAAAACUAUGUCUAUGAUUAGCUUAUUUCAUAAUAAAUCAAUAUGAUUAAAAAGGACAGGCAUGCAUAAAAUGAAUUAUGUUUUGCAUUACAGUAGCAACUUGAAUCAUUUCUUACUUUGUGAGCUCAAAUAUUAGUAUUAUUUUCUAACUUUAAGCUUAUCAUGUAUAACUCUUUACAAAUUUGACUUCCAAAAGAUGAAUGAAAAGAAAUAAAUGUGCUCUGGAUGCAUUCC